UAAGGAGCUAUCUGCCUGCAUCAUCUUGUCUCUCUACUUUUACAACUUUUAGCCGUCAAAAUUAAGAAAAGGCGACAUGGCAGCUACCGUGACUCCUCGAACAGAUCGGAAGGACGAUUUUAACUAUAAGUUACAUUUCCGAAUGAUAAACGAGCAACAAGUGGACGAUAUCUGCCUCGACUUCUUCUAUAAGCCACACACCAUCACACUCCUGACAGUUACUGUGCUCAGCCUCAUGUACUUUGUGUUUACCAGGAAUGAUGAGCACUGUGACAACAACCUCCGAGUUGGUCUGUUGGUGGUUAUCUCCUUCUUCUCGGUCAUCAGUGUCCUGGCCUUUCCCAAUGGACCUUUUACAAGGCCGCAUCCUGCGAUAUGGCGAAUGGUGUUUGGCCUCAGUGUUCUGUACUUCCUGUUCCUUGUCUUUGUCAUCUUCCUCAACUGGGACCAAGUAAAGAUGUUGAUGUACUGGGUGGACCCAAAUCUGCGUUAUGCCACACGGGAAGCCGAUAUCAUGGAAUAUGCUGUGAACUGUACAGUGAUAACGUGGGAGCGGAUCCUGAGCCACUUUGACAUCUUUGCAUUUGGCCACUUUGCAGGCUGGGCCAUGAAGGCUCUGCUCAUCCGCAGUUAUGGUCUCUGUUGGACCAUAAGCAUCACCUGGGAGCUCACUGAGCUUUUCUUCAUGCACCUGCUGCCGAAUUUUGCAGAGUGCUGGUGGGAUCAGGUGAUACUGGACAUAUUGUUGUGUAAUGGAGGAGGCAUCUGGCUCGGUAUGACCGCCUGCCGGUUUUUGGAGAUGAGGACAUACCGCUGGGCCAGCAUAAAGGAAAUCCACACCACCACGGGGAAGAUUAAGCGAGCCGUGCUCCAGUUCACCCCAGCCAGCUGGACUUAUGUACGAUGGUUUGACCCAAAAUCAUCCUUCCAGAGAGUAGCAGGCAUCUAUCUCUUUAUGAUCCUAUGGCAGCUGACGGAGUUGAACACGUUUUUCCUGAAGCACAUCUUCGUAUUCCAGGCGUCUCAUCCUCUCAGCUGGUGUCGCAUCCUUCUCAUUGGAAUCAUCACUGCACCCACUGUGCGACAAUAUUAUGCAUACCUGACAGACACUCAGUGUAAACGAGUUGGCACACAGUGCUGGGUCUUCGGGGCAAUCGCUUUCCUUGAGGCUCUUGUUUGUGUGAAAUUCGGUCACGACUUGUUUUCCAAGACACAAAUUCCCUAUGUAAUCCUGUGGCUGCUGAGUUUGGCAUUUAUCACACUUCUGUGUUUAUAUGGGAUGGUGUCGUAUGAACAAAAUAAGAUGAAGAGCAAUUCUCCACAAAGUGAAGAUUGCCACGACAGCAGUGUUGUCGACCCGUGUGUCCCAGAUGGCGUUGCAGCUCAGAGGGAUUCAUCGAGAUGUUUACAACCGACAAAACGGAGGCGAGCGUCUGGCAGGAAUAGAUUUGUGAAUGGCCAUAGUGGAAAGAAACAGUAAACUUAAGGGACAUGGACUACUCACAUUCUCAGUGAAAGGGUGCAGGAUAUACCCAACACGAGGAAUACAGUAUGCACUUGAAUUUAUUAAAUGAUUGUAAAAGUGGCAUAAACGGUUUGAUAAGUCCCAAAGGGCAAACACCCAAACAAAGCCACAUGAACAAGCCCUUAUAUGGUAUUUCCACUUUUGAAGCUGUAAUGUUUUGUGGGAGUCAAAGACGAAACACAACAAUGAGCUGAAAGCCUUAUACACUGGCAGACUGGGGUGUUGAUUCUUUAGUACUCUGGCAGGACGAAGGAGCACCUUCUGGGCUGAAACUUUUAACCAACAUAAAGUGUGAAAACAGCAUUUCCUCUAAUGGCCACUUGAGGCUAGCUACAAAAGCGAGUCAAUCCCCAUAGACCCCCAUGUUAAAAUGCUCAACUUUACAGCAGAAAUACACACGUUUACAGUCUGAUACAAAAAGCACUUUUGGACUUUAUAGUAAUUUUCAACUUCAUGACAACUGCACGGGUGGUGAAUUUUUAUAUAACUCACCCAUUUACAUUUUAUGAAGGCUUAAAGAUGCAUAUUAUGGGCAUGACUGCUUUGAGAAAAAGACUGUUUGUUGAUAGUGUCCUCGGGGUUCCUCGCUCCCUCACAGUUCCUCCUUUCCGUCCAGAUACGGUCACUUCUGGCCCCAAAAAACCAAGAUGUUGACAGCCGAAAGGCCGAACUUGAGGCUUCAGAACGGGAGUCCACAAACCAGUGGGUGACAGCACCAAAGCUACAUCCGUUAUUUUAUACGGUUUAUGGGCAGCACUAGCAGAUCUUUAACACUGUAUAGCAAGGACAAAAUUGGUCUUGUAUUUAAUGUCAGAUAGUUUUAAACAACCAAGGACUAUGCACUGAAUUUUAAAAAAGAAGAUGGCCUUAUGAAAACCUUCAUCCUACACCAACAUUUUCUACCUUAAAUUACUAAAUGUUUGAAUGCUUUGCACUGUGGGACACAUUAAGUACAACCAGUCAGGGGUGUGUCACACCAAUAUGGUACACUUUUUUUUUUUGCACUUAACCUCUUAUUGACUAUUGUGUUUUUGUAUAUUAUUGUGUACUAAAUUAAAUACCUUUACUAGAAAA